AUGCCGGAGAAGCGGCCCUUCGAGCGGCUGCCCGCCGACGUGUCCCCCCUCAACUAUGGACUCUGCCUCAAGCCCGACCUCAUCGACUUCACCUUCGAGGGCAAGCUGGAGGCCGCCGUGCAGGUGAAACAGGCAACCAACCAGAUUGUGAUGAACUGUGCUGACAUCGACAUCAUCACAGCUUCCUACGCCCCGGAAGGAGACGAAGAGGUACAUGCCACAGGCUUCAACUAUCAAAAUGAGGAUGAAAAGGUCACCCUGUCCUUCCCCAGUACUCUUCAGAAAGGGACAGGGAUGCUGAAGAUUGACUUUGUGGGGGAGCUGAACGACAAGAUGAAAGGCUUCUACCGCAGCAAGUACACCACCCCCAGCGGGGACACGCGCUACGCCGCCGUCACGCAGUUCGAGGCUACUGAUGCCCGCAGAGCCUUCCCCUGCUGGGAUGAGCCUGCUAUCAAGGCAACAUUUGACAUUUCCUUGGUGGUCCCUAAGGACAGAGUAGCUUUGUCAAAUAUGAAUGUGGUCGACAGGAAGCCCUACCCCGACGACGAGAACCUGGUGGAGGUGAAGUUCGCUCGCACGCCCAUCAUGUCCACCUACCUCGUGGCCUUCGUGGUGGGGGAGUAUGACUUUGUGGAGGCCAGGUCCCUGGAUGGAGUCCUCGUGCGUGUUUACACUCCUGUGGGCAAAGCAGAGCAAGGAAAGUUUGCAUUAGAGGUUGCUGCUAAAACUUUGCCUUUUUACAAGGAUUACUUCAACGUUCCUUACCCCCUUCCUAAAAUUGACCUCAUAGCUAUUGCAGACUUUGCUGCUGGUGCCAUGGAGAACUGGGGCCUUGUUACUUAUAGGGAGACUGCACUGCUCAUUGACCCCAAAAAUUCCUGUUCUUCAUCUCGCCAGUGGGUUGCCCUGGUGGUAGGACAUGAACUUGCUCACCAGUGGUUUGGAAACCUUGUGACCAUGGAGUGGUGGACACACCUGUGGCUGAAUGAAGGAUUUGCCUCCUGGAUUGAGUACCUGUGUGUGGAUCACUGCUUCCCAGAGUAUGACAUCUGGACUCAGUUUGUGUCUGCUGACUACACAAGAGCUCAGGAGCUUGAUGCCUUAGACAACAGCCACCCCAUCGAGGUCAGUGUUGGGCACCCCUCUGAAGUAGAUGAAAUCUUUGAUGCUAUCUCCUACAGCAAGGGAGCUUCUGUCAUCCGAAUGCUGCACGACUACAUCGGGGAUGAGGACUUCAGGAAAGGAAUGAAUCUGUACCUGACAAAGUUCCAGCAGAAGAAUGCUGCUACAGAGGAUCUCUGGGACAGCCUGGAAAAAGCCAGUGGGAAACCUAUUGCUGCUGUGAUGAACACAUGGACCAAACAGAUGGGAUUUCCACUCAUUUAUGUGGAAGCUGAACAGCAAGAAGAUGACAAAGUGUUGAAGUUAGUCCAGAAGAAGUUCUGUGCCAGUGGACCAUAUACUGGGGAGGACUUCCCCAUGUGGAUGGUGCCCAUCAGUAUUUGUACAAGUGAUGACCCUACCUGUGCCAAAAUGCAGAUCCUGAUGGACAAACCAGAGCUCACCUUGGUCUUGAAAGACAUCAAACCAGACCAGUGGGUGAAGCUCAACCUUGGAACAGUUGGGUUUUACCGUACCCAGUACAGCCCUGACAUGCUGGAGAGCUUAAUCCCAGCCAUCAAAGACCUCUCCCUACCCCCUGUGGACAGGCUUGGCCUACAGAAUGAUCUUUUCUCUCUGGCCCGAGCUGGAAUCAUCAGCACUGUGGAGGUUCUGAAAGUGAUGGAAGCUUUUGUGAAUGAACCCAACUACACCGUGUGGAGUGACCUCAGCUGUAACCUGGGCAUUCUCUCAACCCUCUUGUCCCACACAGACUUCUAUGAGGAGAUCCAGGUGUUCGUGAAAGAUGUCUUUUCACCAAUAGGGGAGAGACUGGGCUGGGACCCCAAACCUGGAGAGGGCCAUCUAGAUGCCCUCCUGAGAGGUCUGGUCUUGGGCAAGCUAGGCAAGGCUGGGCACAAGGCAACGUUAGAGGAAGCCAGGCGCCGGUUUAAGGACCACGUGGAGGGGAAGCACAUCCUGUCAGCAGACCUGAGGAGUCCUGUCUAUGUAACUAUCUUGAAGCAUGGAGAUAGCUCUACUCUAGACACUAUGCUGAAGCUCCACAAGCAGGCAGACAUGCAGGAGGAGAAGAACAGGAUCGAGCGAGUCCUCGGCGCCAUCUCCCAACCAGAACUGAUCCAAAAAGUUCUCACCUUUGCACUUUCAGAAGAGGUACGUCCCCAGGACACUGUCUCUGUCAUUGGUGGAGUAGCUGGAGGCAGCAAGCAGGGCAGGAAAGCUGCUUGGAAAUUUGUAAGGGACAAUUGGGAGGAACUUUAUAACCGAUACCAAGGUGGAUUCUUGAUAUCCAGACUAAUAAAGCUAACAGUGGAUGGGUUUGCAAAUGAUAAAAUGGCUGCAGAAGUUAAGGCCUUCUUUGAGAGCCACCCUGCCCCCUCAGCCGAGCGCACGGUGCAGCAGUGCUGUGAGAACAUCCUGCUGAACGCCGCCUGGCUCAAGCGGGACGCAGACAACAUCCACCAAUACUUCCUGCAGCGCCAGCCCAACCCCUCCCCGGCCCCGGUGUGAAGCCUUCUCUGCAUGCCACCAACCAACCAAACCAACCACUGCUGGGGGGCCCGUCAGAGGGGGAGGAGAAAAGAAGGAGUGGAUUGCAGAAAUGCCAAGAAUUUGGGAGUCGU